UGUGCGUGCGUGUGCGUGUGUGUGUGCGGUGCCCUGAGAGUUGUCAAGGUUUUGAUUGUGGAGUAUCCGAGAGGGGAGCAAGGGCGGCUACGGUUUGUACAAUGCCGAACAAGACGAAAAAAGACAAGGAGACCCCUAAGUCUGGCAAAGUGGGCAAGGGUGGAGGACAGGAGAAUUCAGAUCAUGAGGGCUCUAACAGGAAGGCUAGCAACAGUGUUCCUCCCACCACUCAGCUGCUAAAGGGGAAGCAGCCAGGUUCCCAGACACCUGUCAAAAAGGACAAGAGGCAGAGCUCCUCUCGCUUCAGCUUGAGCAACAACAGGGAGCUGCAAAAACUGCCUGCUUUCAAAGAUGUUCCCCCUGCAGAGCAGGAGAAGCUGUUCAUCCAGAAGUUGCGGCAGUGCUGCGUCCUCUUCGAUUUUGUCUCAGACCCACUGAGCGAUCUGAAAUGGAAGGAGGUAAAGAGGGCGGCACUGAGCGAGAUGGUGGAGUACAUCACCCACAACAGGAACGUGAUCACGGAGCCCAUCUACCCAGAAGUGGUUCACAUGUUUGCUGUGAAUAUGUUUAGGACGUUGCCUCCAUCAUCCAACCCCACGGGUGCCGAGUUUGACCCAGAAGAAGAUGAGCCCACGCUAGAGGCGGCAUGGCCACAUCUACAGCUCGUCUAUGAAUUCUUCCUACGGUUCUUAGAGUCACCUGACUUUCAACCAAACAUAGCCAAAAAGUAUAUUGACCAGAAGUUUGUAAUGCAGCUCUUAGACCUGUUUGACAGUGAAGACCCCAGGGAAAGAGAUUUUUUAAAGACCACUCUUCAUCGCAUCUAUGGCAAGUUCCUGGGCCUGCGAGCGUACAUUAGGAAACAGAUUAAUAACAUAUUUUAUAGAUUCAUUUAUGAGACGGAGCAUCAUAAUGGAAUAGCAGAAUUACUGGAAAUAUUAGGCAGUAUAAUCAACGGAUUUGCAUUACCAUUGAAAGAAGAGCACAAGAUAUUCCUACUGAAAGUUCUGCUGCCGUUACACAAAGUCAAGUCUCUUAGUGUAUAUCACCCACAGCUGGCCUACUGUGUGGUACAGUUCCUAGAGAAGGAUAGCACCCUCACAGAACCGACGGUGAUGGCUUUGUUAAAGUACUGGCCAAAGACCCACAGUCCAAAAGAGGUGAUGUUCCUCAAUGAACUGGAGGAGAUCCUGGACGUCAUCGAACCUUCAGAGUUUGUAAAAGUCAUGGAGCCCCUCUUCAGACAGUUGGCCAAGUGUGUGUCCAGCCCACACUUUCAGGUGGCAGAACGAGCUCUGUACUACUGGAACAAUGAGUACAUCAUGAGCCUGAUCAGUGACAACGCCGCCAAGAUCCUGCCCAUCAUGUUCCCAUCCCUCUACCGCAACUCCAAGACCCACUGGAACAAGACGAUCCACGGGUUGAUCUACAAUGCUCUGAAGCUCUUCAUGGAGAUGAACCAGAAGCUGUUUGACGACUGCACCCAACAGUUCAGGGCAGAGAAAAGCAAAGAGAAGGCCAAGUGGAAAGAGAGAGAAGAGGCGUGGCUGAAGAUCGAGAAUCUUGCGAAAUCAAACCCACAGUUUCUGAUGUACAUUGACUCGGUAGGCUCAGACAGUUCGAUGGACAUGGAGACAGACGGGCCGCUGCUAGAUGAUGUCAACAUGCUAAAGAAAACAGUAGAAGAGGAAGCCACACAGAUCCAAAAAGAUCAGCGUAGAGAGCGCCCAUUGAUGAGGAGGAAAUCUGAACUCCCCAAGGACAUCUGCACUGUCACGGCCUUGGAGUUGCACCGGAGAGCCGAGGAAAUGAUAACAACACACGACGGCCACUAAAGGAGACCACCCAGAUCCACCUGUAAACCAGCAGCAGCAGCAUCCACCACACAGGAACCACAGGCCCAACCGGGGCCCAGCACAACAACAGAACUCUGGUAUCUCAGUACAACCCAGCACAACACAGAACUGAACAGUCUCAGCUCCACCUGACACAGAAAAUGUCGCACAUCUUAAGCCUGAUUUCGGCUAUUUGGGGACAAGCGGUGCUCGGUCCCUACAAGGCCCCUCUCACACUCUUUUACCCACCUGGUUGUUAUCCAGCAGCGACGUUGGUGGUGCUGGACAGUCCUGUAUGACCAGGACAUGCACCGUGCCCUGAACUUCACCCAAGAUACUGUAGUGUUGUUAUCUCUCUUUCCACCUUUGUUUUUUUCUGUUUUCCUGUCCUUGUUUUGUUUUUUCCCUCGGGGUGCUGUGCUGCCCCCUUCUGGUCAUUUCUCUCAGGUGUUCUGUUCUGUGUGUGUGAGCUGUCUUCUUGCCUCUUCUUUAAUAGAUGUCAGGUGCUUGUACAAAUAAUAUGAGCCCCAAACUGCACAGAGGAUGGUCUAAUUUAAAGAAAAAAAAGAAAAAAAAAAGGCAUCAGUUUAUGAGAAAAUGUCAGUUGUUUCUAUAUAUUUAAUAUUAGCUAUUUUUCUCAUAACAUUUAAAAAAAAGACAGCUGUUUAUAUUUUUUCCUACAUAGUAUAUUUAGGAGCUCCUCUCAGAGUCAAACACUUACUAUCUGUAUAACUGUUCUGUUUGGAGCUUGCUGUUUUUUUUCCCCCCAGUUCAUUUUCCAUUCGCUGUGAAGAUUCAUCGAUCAUUCUGUUAAUCAGGACAGGGUCAUCAGGGGCACCCAGUAGAGUGUGUCUGGGUUUAAAGUGUUACAACACAGUUCUGUGCUGGCCUGACAGAGGUCAUCCAGGUUCAAGUUUUUUUUACCUAACAGAUGCGUAGAAGACUAGUUUGGUGCCAACCUCUCUCAUUAAUUUAUCUCCUUUCUUAAAAACGGAUCCUUUGUAAAAUGUCCAGGCAACAAGUUAACAAGGUUAGCAGUGUGUGUCGGCAGCUCAAACAAUGGUCGGAUAGGUUAUCACACGUUUUUAGAUCCUUUUGAGCCUGAGCUCGGCUUAUUGCGCCAAGUUACAUGAGAGGGGAUUGUGGGAUUUAUUUUUGGUUGCCCGUUUGCACCCAGCCGCCGGAACACGGUCGUUAGCAUUCAGUACAAGUCGCUGUCAUUCAUGCGAGGUCAGCGAGACGUAGUGGCUCGUCUGGGAUUUACACAACGUUGUAGCGUGGUCGAGAGAGGUCAAACGGGCAGAAACUGCGCUGAAAAUGACGAUGUUCGCUUUUUCUACUCUUCUCCAGCAAGACCCUUUUAUUUAUAAAACACUUUGUUUGAGAUUAGACUGCUUCACGUGUGAGGUAUGUUUGGUUUGAAGAGGUCAAACAUUAAGCCUUUCUUUUCACAGUGCCUUUUAUAGUCUAAGGGGAUGUUUUGCUCAACUGAGAAUCGAGUAGUAGCAUGAAAUAAAAUUCCACAAAAAAAUAAAAUAAAAUAAAAUAAAAAUUUAAAAAAAAAUGCAUCAUUGAUCUCCAAAAACAGGCUCGGCACACUUCCAGCUGCUUGCCUUGUUGAAGCUACAAAGUCGUCUUUUGUAGUUAGAAGAGCCGCAGAGGAGCAGCAUAGUGGUCGCCCCAAACCACUUCAGCAAGAAGAAGCACUUCCUGAUAAAACUUGAAAGAAAAUCGAAACACAACUGAAAAAAAAAAAAAAAAUCCCCCGAACAAACUAGUAAAGAAUUGAAAUCCGCGAUGCUGUCUGUCUUGGUGUGCGUGGGGUCACCUUUCGGCGUACAGGAGAGGAAAUCACUUCCCAUCGUGACUUUUCCAUUCUGUGCCCUCAUUGUCCCAUUCCGCUGAAUUUGUACCAUUGUUUGACCCCUUCUGCUCAGACCUGCACACUGGCUGUAACCCCCCCACCCACCUCUUCUUUACCCUGUAGGGCUCCCUAUCUGUUUGAUCUGCUUCUGGAUGCUUGCAAGUUCUUUUUGUUGUGGUUUUUUUUUUCUUUCUUCUUCCUUUGCCUGCAAAACCUCCUUUCUGUCAGUGUUUCAACUGAAUGUGCAAAUUGUAAAUAAUACUGCAGCCGCGUUGUUCCGUUCUCUCCCAUGUUUGUCUUGAAGAACAACAUUCACCAAAGGCUCCUCCGAUAAAACCUCAUCCUGUUCCGCCCUGAUGUUUAGCGGAUUUUUAAGGAAAGCAAAGUGUUUCCAUCCCUUCAGAGAUCUGCUGGUUUGUCGGUCGUCCGGGUUGUCCCGUUGGUGACUGCUGUUCUUCUUGAAAUGGCUUUAAUAUUGGCUUCUUUGGAGCUCACUUCAUUUUACAUAAGCUUUUGUUUUCUUUUUUCUUCGAAAACAAUGAAGUGUCCUUUAGUAUGCGUCUCAUACUAAAUGGCUUCAUCUAAUAUUGUACAUAUAAUGUACUUUUAUUUUAUGUUAUAACUAUUAUUAAAUGGUAGAUUUCAUAUUUUGUACAAAAACACCCCGUGUACAGAAUACAGAGGUUAUUAGCAACUGCAGACAGUUAGUAUGUGGCACAGACUCCAACACAUGUGACUAUUUACAUUUAGAAGCCGUAUAAGAUUUGGCUAGUUUUUUAUCUAUUUGUAAGCUGACAUCUAUUCAGUUCUUGUUUUUUUCAUCUCCAGACAUGUGUUGAGAUUCUACAUACAUGAGCUUCUUGUGUGUGCUUUUAUCCAAAUCUCCAGUGGUGUACAUCUAUCUAUAUACAGCAAAUAAAGAGAACAUGUGAGUUUUAUAUUUUCAUCCUAAAAAAAAAA